AUGAUCAGUCCACAAUACAAGGACGCGACGGCGACUAAUCACAAAACCAAUAAUGGCCAUGGCAGUGAUUAUAACAAUCCUUACGUCAAGAGUACUACUCCCACUUCAGCUUCUGAUAAGAGGUCGAAGGAUAAGGUUCUUGAGGUGUUGAAUUGUUGUGGGAAGAAAAUAGAGGGCGUAACUCGCAAAGCAGAAGCAUUAGCCGGCGGUUUAAAAGACCACCUUAAGUUUAGUCCUAGCAUAAGUGAUGCAGCAAUGGCUAGGCUUUCUCAAGGCACUAAGAUGAUUGUUGAAGGAGGACCAGGGAGAGUGUUUCAACGAGAGUUUGGUGUGUUAGCCGCAGAGAAACUUUUGGAUUCGUUUGUUUGCUACAUAUCAACCACUACUGGACCAGUGACCGGAACGUUAUACGUUUCCAACAGAAGGAUCGCUUUCUGUAGCGACUAUGCAAUUCGUCUUCCUUAUUCUGCCGGUGGAAAUGUUGUUCCCGCAUAUUACAAGGUGGUGAUGGAGUUGGAGAAGAUAAGUAGCAUUGUUUCAUCAUCGAACGUGUUAAAGCCGAGUGAGAGGUAUGUGCAUAUGGUGACACGAGAUGGGUUUGAGUUUUGGUUCAUGGGCUUUGUCUCCUACACCAAUGCUUUCAAUUGUCUCGACAAAGCUCACCUCAAUUCCCACCACUAAUGAUGUCUUGUAAUCACAUUCUAGUUGAGAAUUUUAUUAUCACUAAUAAUAAUUCUUUCUUGUCUAGUCAUAUAAUAAGUAUGUAACUUGUAAGAACUCUGUUGCCAUGGUCUGGAAUAAAACUUU